AUGGAUGUCGAGCGUGCCGUGCCCAAAUGACUCUUUUUGACUGGAUUAUGAUUAAUAUAGUCGGCUAUCUGGCUACAGAGAUAAUUCUGCGACCACCGACUGGCCCAGAGUAGAGAGUUGAGCACCACCACUCACGGCGCAGGUCCAGGAAAGCGUGGAGUUUUGUUGUUGUAUUUUAUUUUUUCGGUACUGAGAGUACGGUGGUAGAAGGUUGGCCGUGCAGCGCGCGCGUGUGUGUACAUGGUGGGCAUCAUGGAAUCGGAGACUGGGAGCACCACGAGUCCCGGCCCGGGCCAGGAGAACAUUAGCUUCAGUAUCAACCAAAUUUUGAACAGUCAAAGCUCGUCGUCGUCGCAGCCCCUGUCACAUCCGUCCAUAUGUAUGUCCCAGCCCAGUUUCUACUCCCCCCACCUCUCCUGGCCCACGACGCCGUCCUGUGGCAGCGUGGCGAACGGCGUGAUCAGAGUACCGGCGCACCGGCCCGCGCCACCUCCCCUCAACGCGCACUUCCCGUGGAUGGACCAACGGGCCAGGCUCGCCAAGGAAGGUCUAGCAGUGCCACCAUUUACCGUUACACGGCGGAUCGGGCACCCCUACCAAAACAGGACGCCGCCCAAGAGAAAGAAACCCAGAACCUCCUUCACAAGGCUUCAGAUCUGCGAACUGGAGAAAAGAUUCCACAAACAGAAAUAUUUGGCGUCGGCAGAGAGGGCUCAACUCGCCACUCAACUCAAAAUGACGGACGCCCAAGUCAAGACAUGGUUUCAGAACAGAAGAACAAAGUGGAGAAAGACGACAGAAGAAAGGAAAUGGUACAGCGACCCUCCAACCACCACCUAUCCCUUCUCCGCCAUGCUUCACUCACCUGUAUAUCAAUACUUAGAGGAUGUGCCGUUUCGCACCGUGUUAAGCAAGUGUGUGCCUCCCCACUACAGGCGGCAGACAGCCGAGGAGAGAGAGGCGGAGAGACAGCAGGCCAACAGAAUGCUGCUGCAGCUACAAGCGGAAGCAGCCAAGAACAUGCCUCAGACUUACGAUCCUAUCUGUGCUUACAACGCGUCUUUGCACGCCCUACAAUCGCUUCAACCGUGGGCAGAGAACAAGCCCGACCCCAACCGGCCGGCCUACCUGAACGCACCCUCCCUCACCACGCCAACGAUCUGCUAGCAAAAACUUGUCGGGACAGUAAGGGACUCGGUGCCGACGGGACGUGGCGCAGGGACCCGGUGGCCCCCGUGAGUACAACAUCAUCUUGUGCUGUACCAACUUGUUCUUUCAAACCAAGAACGGUAUGUGACAAUUGCAGGGAAACUGUGCAAAAUAAAAACGAGCCAAGCGAUGGUUAUUUGACAGGAUCGCAAGAGUGAGACUCGACCAGAAACCUCUGUCGGACAUACUUACACAUGGAGGUUGUAAAAGAAAACAAAGAUGUUACUUACAAAACCUGUACAGAAAGUUUGUAUGGUUUUCUUAGACUCUGUUCAUUAUUUGCUUUAUGCUUCAUACCAAGUCGUUGGAACUAUUUGUACGCUUUAAGAGUUAUAUAGGUUCCAUAGUGAGCAAUAAUAUUUAAAUCAGAAUCGAUGUAAUUUUUACAUGAUAGUGCAUCCUUAUCAUUGUACAUACGCAUGUGAUAUCAGUUAUAUUGCCCUAGCUUAUCAGAAUAUCAGAACGACGCCACAUGCUGAUAUGUGUAAUUUCUCCUGUACACCAAAGAAAGGGCCUCAAAUGUACUGAAUGAGAUAAUUUCUUUCAUUUUUGCAUAAUCGUCGUAUGCUUUUAUUUUGUCUUCUCGACGUUCUCAAACUGAGACAACCACUCACGAGGAAUAUUUCCUUGCUUAUUUUAUUAUUAAAGAAAAGUGUAUCAUUAUGAAGAAAGCGUGUGCGUGUCGCCAAUCUGUUCCCCCUGUCAGAGAAACCAUAUUUCUUCC